UGACAAUUGGAUGUAUUUUUUAUAAAAAAAAAAAAAGUUAUAUAUUUUUUUUAUUAACUAAUACAAGUAAUUUCCAAAAAUUUCACCCAAGAUAAACAAGAUACACAAAUUUAAUAUCGAAAACAAGACAAAAUACCUCAAAAGUCAUAAAACAAUGUUCCAAAUCCUUGUACAAUAUGGUUAGUUGAAGGUGGAGUUGAUGCACCUAUUUAAGGGACAUACACUACUACAACAUGUCUACAAGUCAUACCAACCUUUAAUUAACAAGACGUGACUCCCUCCUUUUAUGUUUUUUUAAUAGUGCCUUACACAAUCCUUUUUCUUUCCUUUUUUUUUUGACAACUCCUUUUUCUUUCCUUAAUCCAUUUCAAAUACAAGUCUACUUAAUAAAUUAUACACUUGUAUUUAUAUUAAUUAAUCCCAAAUCCCUUUUCAAACUUUGUAACAUUUGCAAAUUCAAAUGCAUCAAGUUAGCAACAUGUCUUGGGGUGUUAAUGAAUCAUAUCGUCCUCUUCCUUCUCUUUAUUUUACUUUGUCUUCCGUUUGGUUUGUUUCUAGUCUUUCCUGGGCUUUUCUCACCUGGCGAAACCGCCAUCUUCAGAAUAAUAAUCUGCAAUGGACGUUGGCAUCAGUUCCAUUAAUUAAAACACUGCAGCUUAUGCUAUCAUUCCUCUUUUGGUAUUCUUGCUUUUAUUCCGAAGUGUGUUCUCUAUGGAUGUCCUUUGGGGUGUAUGUAACCGGAGUCCUCUUUCAGACAGCUUCUUUUGUGUCCUUCCUGCUCAUUGCUCAUGGUUACUGCAUCCUGUGCGAGCAUCUGUCAUUAUAUGAGAGACGGACUACAGCUGCACUUGGGUGUAUAUUUUACCUGACUCUAGUUGGUUAUAGAGCUUCUGUACCAUAUUUUACUGCUCUUUUGCUGCUCAACUACUUCAUUUCAUUUUCGGUGAUCUUCCACCAUAUAUCUCAGAACUUGCUGUCUCUGAGAGAGCAGCUUAGUGUUAUAGAAGAUGAUGAUGUUCGUGCUAUGCAUGAUGCAGUGCGUUCAAAAUAUGUCAUGUUCAAGAAAUUUCGGGUGGCAAUGCAGCUGGUAGCUUUAGCAGAAGCAGCGAUAUACAUAAAUGUGGAUGAUUCUCCAGAGACUUACUGGAUCAGGCUGCUGGUUCGAGAAUGGGCACAAUAUUGCAUUUUCUUAUACAUAGGGUGGACAUUCCGCUCACAAGAUUUGGCUCCACGCUUUUCUGUUAUACCGACAGAGAAGUCUCAAGGAGGACUAACAGUUCCUCCAAUUUAUACUGUUGUGAUGGAUGCUUCUACCUACAACGAUUUUUGCGAUCAAAAAUGGCACAUUGGAGUGGCAACUUCUCUCCCCAAUGGAAGAAGCACCAAGAAAUCUACUAUGAUUAUAGUUCAACAACCCAAGAGUUAGAGUCAAACUUGUAACCAGCAUAGUUGCACAAGCAAAAACAAGUGCUUUUGGUUUUUCUGAGACAAGCUUACCAUUACAUCGCGAAGCUGCUAAACUUCUUGCAGAACAAUUAAGUAAUUGCAGUGAAUGAAGAGCAACAUAUAAAUCAAACACGAAUCAUACUUUUUUUUUUUAAAUUUUUUUUUUUUUUUAUACUUUUAUUAAAAUUUGUAUAGUAGAGUGUAAGUGUAGGUAAAUUAAUAGGAGCACCAGCAUAGUCAGUUCUGAUUCUUCUGAAAAUCAGAAGGAAUGUUGAUUUUAAGGAGGUAGAUUAGAUAUGAUCAUUUUGCCAAUUUUGUCCAUGUAUCUAAAGUUCUGGCCUGGAUAAAUUGUUCAUAGACGUAAUGUAUUUAUAAACAAUGAAGGUUGGAAGUUGGAACCCAAGGUUUCACUUGAAUGCCAUUUUUUUUCUUUUUUUUGAAGUGCUUUCCCAUAACUUUUCCUAUAAUUGGGCUUUAUAUAUACUUACUAGUUUUGUGCCCGUGCGAUGCCUGAAUUGUUUAUUGAAUUUUAAGAUUAAUUAUUAAUCUAUAUGUCAAAUUUUAAAACAUAUCAUUGAUACAAAUUAGUUAGGAAAUUAUGUGUUAUAAUUUUGUGACAAUUUAAACUAUGUAGUAGGCAUGUAAUGACUAAUAAUAAUAAUAUUGGUGAAAACAUUUCUUGACCCGUAACCUGAAAUAAUGACCCUGU